CUUUGACAGCCAAUCUCAACCAAUCAGAAUUAAGGAAAGUUGUCAGAUCUGACAACUUGCCAGACAAAAGUGUUACUGUUAUUAAUGAAACACUCCCCAGAUUUGAUCUGUGGAAAAAAAAUGUGUUUUAAAAAUAAGGUUUUCUUAGUAAUAGUGUUAGAGAACCCUGCCCCUACAAAUAAUUUCCCUACUACUCGUCCACCAGUACUUCGCGCUGUAUAGAUCAGGGCCGCUAGCUGGUAAACAUAUCCCGUAUACUCGUCGACCGAGUCUACUCUCAAGACAGCCGAAAUCUGUGCGAGACGAUUUGACUACACGACUCGGAUGCCACACGGUUUGCAUUUAGACAUUAUUGCAAUUGCCAAAGCCCAAAGACAAGCUGAAGCAAUAAAAAAAAUUGAGGUAAUUUGGAUCUACAUCAAUUGCAUGCAAUUUUGCAGACUUAAAUUAAGGACGCGAGCUUACGGAGCUUACCUUACCGUACUUUUAGAGAGCGGCCGAGGGCAAUGGCUGGUGUGGACAGUGAUCAUAGCAGUAGCUCUACUGAAGAUGAUGACUACGUUCCUUCUGGUGAAGAUGAGAGCUUUGAUGAACUAGAAGGUACAGUUGAAGAAGAAGAGAGCAUCCAUGAGAAAGGUGUAGGAAAACAGAAGAAGAAAGGAUCAAAAGUUUCAACUAGCAGGAGGAGAAGAGGGUGGUCAGCUCUAGCAGAUGAAGGAAAGGGUGAUGAUGCCAACGAUGAAGCAUCCAGUAUUCAACGUGAGCUUCAAGAAGCAGAAAAAGAAGAAGCUAGAAGGAAAAAGGAGGAAGCAGAAAAGAAGAGAGCUGAUGAUCUGUGGAGUAGCUUUUUGAGUGGUGUUAAUCAAAAGCCUAAAUCUUCUCAAAUACAAAAUAACAAAUCUGCUAAAUCUGUGACACCAUCUCCUAAAAAGACAUCUUCCAAUGAGUCAGCAACUCCAACUUCACAAACAAAUGGGAGCAAGGCAGACAGCACUCUUAAAAUAACUAAAGUUUUUGACUUUGCUGGAGAAAAAGUAGAAGUCACCAAAGAAGUAUCUGCUUCCUCAAAAGAAGCGAAGAAUUACAUCAAAGAGCAGGAGGAGAAGGAUGGUCCUGCCAAGUCCACCACUAUACCAGGGAGUUCUAACACUGGGUCGGCAGUACUUCCCAACUCACCUGCUUCAUCAUCAAAACCAACUAUUUCUUCAGGGUUAAAACGAUCUGGUGGUGGACUAGGAAAUGUCUUAGGUCAAAUUGGCAAAAAGCAGAAAAUUAGUACACUGGAAAAAUCUCGCUUAGAUUGGGAGAGUUUCAAGAAUAAAGAAGGGAUCGCAGAUGAACUGAAAAUACAUAAUAAAGGCAAAGAUGGAUUUGUGGAGAGGCAAAGAUUUUUGCAGAGGGCUGACGUUAGGCAGUAUGAGAUUGAAAGAGAUCUACGAAUGGCACAGACAAAGAUCUUGAGAUGAUGACAUCAUCUUGACAUUGAUGUAGAUAUCUGGAUGAUGUGAAUAUUUCCUAAUAUACUCAGGCUGAUGGUGCAUGAUCCAUCUAACUCAUCUCCUCGUUACUGACCCAAAGCAUUGAAUAUGAAAUGAUUUCUCUGAUGAUCAGUUGCUUAAUUCACUGGGUAGUAGUUCAUGUAUAGGAGUUCAUCAAUGAAUGGAGUCAAUAUCAAUUAUUUCAUCUUCAGGCUACAAGUCAUACUACUAGCAGAUCAUGAUUCUAGCCCUAGCGUUGGCAUAUCCAGAUUCCAUUUCAGUAACAUUUUAUCUUUGAAUGGAUUACUUGGAUACAUUGGUGUAUGCGCUCCACUGGACACUUUUAGGGAGUGCAAAAAUAACCAAGUACUGUACUAGCCAGUAGCAUCAAAAGUUUAAAGGAGUAGGAUUUCAGCGCUUACCUUGGUCACUGUUUUUCCUAAAUCUGCUGCUGCUUAGGUAAUACAAUAGAAGCAAUGUUAUUGGUGAUAUUAACAACAAUAUAGGGGUCAGAGAUUUCAGAUAAUUCUUCCUGACACAAUUGUGAAUGAUUCUAUUGGGACUCUGAAAUGGCUGCGUCUUGUACAAAAAAGUGACCUACAUGACUAAAGAAAUUGAUCAGAUUUUAAUAGAGAGUGCCAAAUGGAUCUUGUGAAUACUUUUGUCGAAGGUGAGGUAUACUGAUAAAUGAAAGGUUGACUUUUGUGAAAUACUUCAUAUGUGAAAAGAAAGGAAUUUAAAGAACAGCAAUGUCGGGGUCUACCAAUUUGACCAAAGCUCCUUUUGAGAUCAAAGGCCUCUGAAAUUCACUUUUGUUUGAAUUAUUAAUGUAUUUCAAAAACUCAUAUUUCAAUAUUUUGGGGGCAAGUUCACUUUUCAAAAGGACACAUUUUUGUAUUUAUAGCAAAAAUAUGUCAAAGGCCAGUAAAAGGAACAAUCAAUAGGGUAUCCAAGGUUAUGGCUUUAGAUGGUCUUAGAUUUAUUCAGGCCCUGCUGGUGUGUAGAUUUAUUUGACCAUGAGGCCAUAAAAUGUGAGACUUAAAAGAGCACAGCAAGACAUUUUUAUAUCUUGCUGAUGUACUGUUAGGGAUUGCAUUGUGAUCUUUUUGUCUCCUGAGCCUUUACUUUCUAAGAUGCUUAUUCACUGCAAAGAAAUUUACAAUUAGCUUUUGAAGAGUCCAAAUCACAUGAGUCCAUUAUUAUAUUAGUUGAAUGUAAUCAGGAGAUCAGUCUGUGCUUAUAUUGCCCACUUUUUGUAGAUAUUAUAAUGUAAAAUUCUGUGUCAGUCAAAACUUUUUUGGGGUAUUUUGACUAUGUUAAACUCAUAUUUUGUAAAGAUCUUAUUUUGUUCAAAGAUUGCACUUUAAAAUACAGCUAUAAAAGGAUGUAACUCUUAUCUUUGUUUUUUAUUUUUAUAAAAACGGGUCAAUUGUGUAAUUAUUACAGUCUAACUUAUUAUGAUUUUUAUGAUUACUCAUCUAAAAAUACCACAAUCAUAUUUUGAAGGAGGCAAAUAAUGCUAGAAUUGCAUUAUAACCUAAUUUUAUAUUGAAAGAAAACCUUAUCGUGUAGAAAUGCAUCUAAACGUGUUUUCUAUAUAAAGGCAGUUGAUGUAUGUUAGGGUAUCUGUUAUACGUUGAUAUUUGUAAGCUGUGAAAUAUACCAGUAGUCUUUUCAAGAUUUUUUUUUAUGAAGCAGAAGAAUCAAUCUGAAUUCAUCAUUUAUUUGGCCUUCAGCAACUUUUGUUUUGCUGUUUCUUUGUUUAUUUUUUAAGAAAAUAAUAUAAAACAGUAAAUAGUGA